AUGGCGAAUCGCCCUAAGUUCACUCGCGCCUUAAGCCUCAGGGAGCGCGUCGAGGACACUCUCUCCGACCACCGCAACGAACUCGUUGCCCUCCUCUCCAGGUACCUGGAUCAGGGGAAAAGAAUACUGCAGCCGCACGACCUGAUCGAUCAGCUCGACAUUGUCAUCGGCGACGAUGAAGCCAAACGGCAGCUCAAAACCGGACCUUUCAGCGAAGUUCUCAAAUCUGCACAGGAAGCCAUUAUUCUGCCUCCAUAUGUGGCUUUAGCAGUUCGUCCAAGACCUGGUGUCUGGGAUUACGUUCGUGUUAAUGUAUAUGAGCUCAGUGUGGAGGAAUUGACCGUUUCUGAAUAUCUUCGCUUUAAAGAAGAACUUGUAGAUGGGGAGUCUAGUGACAAAUAUGCACUUGAGCUCGACUUUGAGCCAUUUAAUGCUGCUUUUCCUCGUCCCACCCGAUCUUCAUCCAUUGGAAAUGGUGUUCAAUUUCUCAACCGCCACCUUUCUUCAAUUAUGUUCCGUAACAAAGAAUCGUUGGAGCCAUUACUUGAUUUCCUUAAAGCACACAAAUAUAAAGGGCAUCCAUUGAUGUUGAAUGAUCGGAUACAGAGCGUAUCCAAGCUUCAGUCAGCAGCUAAGGCUGAGGAUCAUCUUUCCAAGCUUCAACCUGAGACACCCUAUUCUGAGUUUGAAUAUUUAUUUCAAGGAAUGGGUUUUGAGCGAGGUUGGGGUGAUACUGCAGUACACGUAUUGGAGAUGAUGCAUCUUCUCUUAGAUAUCCUUCAGGCUCCUGAUCCUUCUAUAUUGGAGACAUUCCUUGGGAGAAUCCCGAUGAUGUUUAAUGUUGUCAUUUUGUCUCCACAUGGAUACUUUGGACAAGCAAAUGUUUUAGGCUUACCCGACACUGGUGGCCAGAUUGUCUAUAUACUGGACCAAGUGCGCGCCCUUGAAAAAGAAAUGCUCGAAAGAAUUCGCCUUCAAGGAUUAGAUUUCACUCCAAGAAUCCUUAUUGUGACCAGGCUAAUACCUGAGGCGAAAGGAACUACAUGCAAUCAGAGGCUGGAAAGAAUAUCUGGAACCGAGCACACCCAUAUUUUAAGAGUUCCUUUUAGAUCAGAAAAAGGGAUUCUUCGUAAGUGGAUCUCAAGGUUUGACGUAUGGCCUUAUUUGGAGACCUUUGCUGAGGAUGCUGCUGGUGAAAUUAUUGCUGAGUUACAGGGAUAUCCAGAUUUUAUUAUUGGGAAUUACAGUGACGGGAAUCUUGUCGCAUCUUUGUUGGCUUAUAAAAUGGGAGUUACACAGUGUACUAUUGCGCACGCAUUGGAGAAAACAAAAUAUCCGGAUUCAGAUAUAUAUUGGAAGAAAUUUGAGGAGAAAUACCAUUUCUCAACUCAGUUCACGGCUGAUCUUAUUGCCAUGAAUAAUGCAGAUUUCAUAAUCACCAGCACAUACCAAGAGAUUGCAGGAACGAAGGAUACGGUUGGUCAGUAUGAGAGCCACAGCUCUUACACUCUUCCUGGGCAGUACCGAGUGGUUCAUGGAAUUAAUGUCUUUGAUCCAAAGUUCAAUAUCGUGUCUCCCGGAGCAGAUAUGGCCAUUUAUUUCCCUUACUCUGAAAAGCAAAAGAGACUUACCAGCCUCCAUGGUUCCCUAGAAGAGUUGCUAUAUAAUCCUGACCAGAAUGAUGUUCAUAUUGGCACCCUAAGCGAUCGAUCAAAGCCCAUAAUAUUCUCAAUGGCAAGGCUCGACCAGGUGAAAAAUAUGACUGGGUUGGUUGAGUGCUAUGCUAAAUGUUCCAAACUGAGGGAUCUGGCAAACCUCGUCAUAGUUGCUGGUUACAUUGACGCAAAGAAAUCACAAGAUAGAGAAGAAAUUGCAGAGAUUGAGAAGAUGCAUAAUCUUAUGACUGAGUACAAAUUAGAUGGUCAAUUUCGAUGGAUUUCAUCUCAAACUAAUCGAGUGAGCAACGGUGAGCUUUAUCGUUACAUAGCAGAUACAAGAGGUGCUUUUGCUCAGCCUGCAUUUUAUGAAGCUUUUGGACUCACAGUUGUGGAGGCUAUGACUUGCGGCCUUCCAACAUUCGCCACUGUCCAUGGUGGCCCUGCGGAGAUUAUUGAGCACGGUGUAUCAGGAUUUCAUAUCGAUCCUUAUCACCCUGAGAAGGCUGCUGCACUUAUGGCCGAUUUCUUUCAACGUUGCAAGGAGGAUCCUAGCUAUUGGAAUACAAUCUCAGAUGCAGGCCUCCAAAGAAUUUAUGAAAAGUACACAUGGAAGAUCUAUUCUGAAAGGCUAAUGACAUUGGCGGGCGUUUAUGGUUUCUGGAAGUAUGUGUCGAAGCUUGAAAGGCGCGAGACCCGACGUUAUCUGGAGAUGUUCUACAUUCUGAAGUUCCGUGAUUUGGCAAAAUCUGUUCCUGAAGCCAUCGACGAUGCACAUUA